AUUUUUCCUAUUCUCUAGCUACUGUUCGGUAUGUUAUUUGUCUCUGUUUUUCUCUGUAUUAAUAGACCGUACUGUUUGUUUGUACGCUAACGAUGUUAAUUUAUGUUUUAGAAACAGAUAAAGUUUAUAUAGCCAAAUAGCUUACUUGUUCUGACUUUGGCUAAACCAAGACUCUGUACUCGACAGUCUAGAGAUUAGCUUAGAGUUGAAUCUGUAGGAAAUUGCUUCCUACAAAGUUUCGAACAGUAGUUUCGAUAUACCUACUGAAAUGACUUCCAAUAAACACUACGAUUCCGAUGAGAUUCCAGAAUUAUCACCACAUCAUUCAGCAGUUUAUGACGAGGAUCAACUUGGAAAGAACGAACUCAAAAACAACAGCAUGAUAGAACUAGAGAUAGCUAGGUUGCGCAUAACCCAGUUAGAAAAGGAAAUUGAACUAGAAAAAUUACGCUGCCGGAGAUGUGAAGGUUCCGGCCAAUCAGUAAGCAACAGUGAGAAUACAAUAUUAAAAAAUCUGUAUUUACCAAAAAGAGAAGUCAUAAGGUUUGAUGGUACACCGACAAAUUAUUGGAAUUUCAUUAGAAAUUUCGAAGAAUGCAUUGGGAGUGAGAAUAUUGGAUUUAGAGCUAAGCUAAAUUACUUGAUUCAAUAUUGUGACGGAGAAGCGAAAGCCGCUAUCCUCCAUUGUACUAUACUAGAACCAGAGAUAGGUUACCAUCAAGCCCUAAAGCUUUUAGAAGAAACGUUUGGCCAAAAACACGUCGUAGCACGCACGUUUAUCGAUAAUUUGUUAAACUUUCCCAAUAUAAGGAGAAAUCAACCAGAUGGUUUGAGAAGACUAUCUCGAGAAAUGCAAGCAUGUAGUUUGACUCUCGAACAGAUGAAUUACGUUUCUGAUUUGAACUCUUCUAGAACUAUUGAAACUAUGGUUCUGAAAUUACCAACGCACAUUCAACAAGAGUGGCUAAAGGUAGCUUUUAAGAUUAUCAGAGGAGGCAGAGAGCCUCUGUUUACCGAUCUUGUUGAGUUUGUAAAGGAGCAAGCUGAUAUAGCUAAUACUAGAUACGGCCUACUCGUCAACCGCGGUAGUAAUAGUGACAAUAGAGAUGUUGGCGUUUUAAAAAGGAAAAUUAGUACAGAUUACAAUGCAGCAAGAAUAUCUUAUGCGAGUGCUAGUGAUGAUAAUGCUCUCUUACGCAGUUCAUCUUGUUUGGAGUGCUCCAGUAAUCAUUCUUUAGAUUAAUGUCAGAAAUUUAAAGACAAGAAUGUUAGAGAAAGGAAGGAAUUCGUUCUUAGACACAAGUUGUGUAAUGUAUGCCUGAAGGCAAACCACGUAGCAAAAAACUGUCGAUCGCCGAGGUCGUGUGCUGUCGAAGGGUGUGGCUGGAGACACCAUACUCUGUUACAUGAGUUGCGGGAAGAACCAAGGAAUACUAAUAUUGAUGCACACAUUAACACCCAGCUAUGUACGGAGAAAAGUGUUGAGAGUGUACAGAAACAAGCAGCAUUCGCAAUAGUGCCUGUACUGGUAAGAAAUGGAGAAAAGGUAGCACAGACUUGCGCCUUCUUAGAUAAUGGGUCGGAUGCCUCUCUUAUUACAGAAGAUCUAGCUAAAAGGUUGAAUUUAGAAGGAGAGCCUAAGACGAUUUCGUUGAAAACGUUGGAUAACCAUUCCACAAUUCAGUGUAAAGAGGUUCAACUAGAGGUUUCAUUCUUAGACUCGUCUUCGUCAUUUAGAAUCCCAAACGUAUGGACAGUCGAGAGAUUACCUAUGUUGCACAGGACGGUACCAACGACGUCUCAAAUGAAAUCCUGGACGCAUUUAAAAGACAUAAGUUUUCCUAGAGUAGAGGAAGAGAAUGUCGAACUGUUGAUCGGGUGCAACGCACCGAGUGUACACGAAAUGAAAGAGGUAAGAACUGGAAAGCCGAAUGAACCAUUCACCGUGAAGACUCCGUUAGGUUGGACGCUGUUCGGUUCCUAUGGGGAACCCUGUAAAAGCAAUCGUGUACUCAAUCACCUCUCAGCUAAAGAGGAAUUAGAGGAUAAGUUUGGACAAUCGUAUUCAACUGAAUUCAAAGACCUACUUAGUCGUACAUCAUCGAUGUCUAUGGAAGAUCGUAUAGGAUUAUCAGAAUCUGCAUAUGGUGUCGCGGAGUAUACUCGUCCCGAAGAUGUCUCUCGUCAAGUUCAUUGUUCGUUUUUAUUAACUAAGUAUAAGGUUGUUAAGCCAAAAACUGAAGCAUCAUCUGCUAAUAAAUCCAAAUCAACUCUAAGAAAGCUUAAGGAAAAGAAGGACAUCAAACUGAGAGUGAAGACUACGAAAAGGCCGAAGACCACUGUAACGAAGAAGCCAGUAACUAAGACCCUGAAGAAGCAGGUAGCACAUAUUCGCCGUGGUAUCGAGGAUGGUGUUGAGAAAGACGCCCUUGUACGAGUUGUGAACAAGAGUAAGGGUACAUCUGGUAGUUCUGUAGGAUCCAAUGCUAUUCUUAGAUCAUGUGUAGUUGGAAUCAGAAUAAGAUAGUAAAUGCCCUUUUGAGAGAGGUUGCGAAUGGCGCUUUAAACUUCCGAGGUCUAGUCAACGAGACGGUGUAUGGGGACGCAUAAUAAAGUCGAUAAGAAGAAUUCUGCGAUCACUAUGGUUUCAGAAGGUAUUGAUGGAUGAGUCUUCGAGAGACUUAGUGUUAUUAAACAAUGUUGGCUCACUGAGAAGUCUAUGGUCCAAAGCUAUUGUCGAACAAGUAAGCUAUGGCUUUGACGGACGAGUUCGUACGGCAAAAUUGAGAACCUCAAACGAAGAAACUGCUCGGGACGUACGACGCUUAUGUUUACUAGAAGGAGCCGGCUGUCUGACGGCGACGACGACCCUGGACAACGGACGUGGUGCGCGUUUCGGGGGUGUAAAAUGUGAUUGAUAGACGAACCCACCAAUAAUAAGGGAAACGCCCACCACCACAUCAACUCCUUUUGACCUUGUACGAUUGUAUCUCUUUAUUAACCAAUCACAGUUUAAUGUUCAUUGUAAAACAAUUUUGGCUUGUUGACUCAUUUUUCCUAUUCUCUAGCUACUGUUCGGUAUGUUAUUUGUCUCUGUUUUUCUCUGUAUUAAUAGACCGUACUGUUUGUUUGUACGCUAACGAUGUUAAUUUAUGUUUUAGAAACAGAUAAAGUUUAUAUAGCCAAAUA